UCCCCCUCAGGUGGAGCAUAGGCGGCCCUGGCAGGGGGGGCAUGGAGGAGAAUGCGGUGCAGAGCAGCAGCGACGCGGCCCCGCAGGCGGCGCGGGAGGAGCCCUCCGAGAGCGGGCUGGGCGUCGGGACCUCGGAGGCCGUGUCAGCGGACAGCAGCGACGCUGCCUCGGCCCCCGGACCCCUCUCCCGAGCGGACGACACCGGCGUGGGCCAGAGCUCCGACAGCAGCGGGGUCUCCUUGGAAGAGGUGUCAGAGAGCAGCUCCAGCACAGAUGCCAUUCCCCGGAUUUACCUGCCAGAUUCAUCCUCUGUCGCCCAGUCCACCUUGGUCUCCAGUGUCUCCACUGUGAGCCAGUCCAUCAUGGUGUCAGAGUCCCCACAAGUCCUGGUACAUUCCAGUGUCAUCACUGACGGAACCACUGUCGUGUCGGACUCCACUGCGUCCACCUCCUCGGACCUGGGUUCUGCCAUUGACAAAAUCAUCGAGUCCACGAUCGGGCCUGACAUCAUCCAGAGCUGCAUUGCCGUGACCAGUGCAGAGGAUGGUGGGGCAGAGACUACCCAGUACCUCAUCCUGCACGGCCCUGAUGAUGGUGCCCCCAUAGUGUCUCAGAUGGCCACUUCUGCACUGGCUAAUAGCUUGGCGAUAGAAGCUGUUGCUGAUGGACCGACCUCCACAUGCCUUGACCAGCCCGGCCCUUCAGACCCUUCUGAGCAGCUGGAAGUGCUGGAGCUGCCAGCACAGCCAGGUCAGGCCCAAGAGGUGGAUGGUGAGGAGGAGCUGGACCAGCCGGACAUGGAGACCCUGGAAGAGAUGAUGGAGGUGGUGGUGGUGCAGCAGUUCAAGUGCAAGAUGUGUCAGUACAAGAGCAUCUCCAAGAAAACGCUGAUUAACCACAUGAAAGAGCGGCACUUCCAGCCAGCAGGUUCAGCUGUGGCUUUGAAGAAAGGACAUCCACAAAAGGGGGAAUCUGUGCCAAAGACUACGGAGGAGGAGGUCCCAGAAGAGGAAGAUGAUGAUGAUAUCAUGGAUGCUGGUGCUAUCGAUGACCCUGAAGAGGACAGUGACUACAACCCAGCCGAGGACGAGCCUCAUGGGCGGCAGCCCAAGUUCAGCCGCAGCGUCCCCACAUCCAGCGAGGAGAGGCCGCGGCGCCGCCCGGGGAGACCCCGCAAGUGUCCUCGCCUGGAGGACGUGCCUCAGGACGUGCCCGAAGGAGGGGACACAGAGCCCUUGGUGACGUCCCAGAGCACGCCGAGCCGCGAGCUGCAGAACUCGGAAGCAGCUAGUUCCUCUGGCCUGGAGAACGGGACCAGCGAGAGCCUGGCGGAGCCCAGCAUCAGCCAGUCUGACUCAGAGAACAAGGACCCUUCCUCCAACAUGAGCCCCGAGGAGGCAGACGUGCUCCCCAGGCGGCGCGGGCGGCCCUCCCGCCGCUUCCUGGGCAAAAAAUACCGCAAGUACAUGGGGCGCAGGUACUACUACAAGUCGCCCAAGCCCCUGAUGAGGCCCUACCUGUGCCGGAUCUGCGGCUCACGCUUCCUCACACACGAUGAUCUGCGUUUCCACGUCAACUCGCACGAGGCCAACAACCCGCAGCUCUUCAAGUGUCUGCAGUGCAGCUACCGCUCCCGCCGCUGGUCCUCCCUCAAGGAGCACAUGUUCAACCAUGCGGGCAGCAAGCCCUACAAGUGCGAGGAGUGCAAUUACACCAGCGUGUACAAGAAGGAUGUCAUCCGGCACUCCACGGUGCACAGCCGGGACAGGAAAAAAAGAGCUGAUCCGCCCCCAAAGCUGAACUCCUUCCCAUGCCCCGUGUGCAACCGCAUCUACCCCAUGCAGAAGAGGCUCACCCAGCACAUGAAGACACACAGCACGGAGAAGCCACACAUGUGUGACAAGUGCGGGAAGUCCUUCAAGAAGCGCUACACCUUCAAGAUGCACCUUCUGACACACAUCCAGGCCAUUGCCAACCGCAGGUUCAAGUGUGAGUUCUGUGACUAUGUCUGCGAGGACAAGAAGGUCCUGCUGAACCACCAGCUGUCACACAUGAACGACAAGCCCUACAAGUGCAGCUUCUGCAAGUACUCCACCUUCCGGGAGGACUUCCUGGUGUCGCACAUGGCUGUCAAGCACACAGGAGGGAAGCCGUUUGCUUGUGAGUUCUGCCACUUCACCACCAAGCACAAGAAGAACCUGCGGCUCCACGUGCACUGCCGCCACGCCGAGUCCUUCGAGGAGUGGGCAAAGAUGCACCCCGAGGAGCCGCCGUGCCGCCGCCGCCCCUUCUUCACCCUGCAGCAGAUCGAGGAGCUGAAGCAGCAGCACAGCCAGGUCCAGGCCCCGGCUGAGCCAGAGGCCAGCCCGCCAGAACCUGUUGGGCCUGCCACCUACCGCACGGUCCAGGCCCUCGCGGGAGCAGAGCCCCCCAUCCUCUCGCAGGAUUCCCUGGGAGGGGCCACCAUCAUCUACGAACAAGACGUGGCUGGAUCUGCAGAGCUGGCCACGCAGACUGCCCUGGAUCUCCUGCUGAACAUGAGCACUCAGCGAGAGCUGGCCACGGGCUCGCUGCAGGUGGCUGUGGUGAAGCAGGAUGAUUCUGGAGAGGCGCCGGUCUCCUGUGAGCCCCAGGCACAGGAGGAGGGGGAAGAGGCAGACUCUAAGGAGCAGCAGCAGCAGAAGUUGUUGACACUGCACAUGGUGGAGCCUGGGGAGACAUUGGUGCAGGAGGCUUAUGAGGAGGCAACCCUGGAUGGCUCAGAGCUGCAGCAGAUCACUAUCCCCUUUGGUGGGACGACAGAGUACAGCAUCAUCACACCCAUCAGUGAGGAGAUUCAGGCUCCUGGCACGCUGUACAGUGAGGAGGAGGGCCCCGUGGAGACCUCUGAGGCGGUGGUUGUGAGCGAGGCUGUGAUGGCAGAGGAGGAUCUGAAGGGCCGUAGCAAUCCCUGUCUUGUGUCGCCCAGCGCUGCAGGGAGCCAGUUCCAGCACGCAGAGCCCCUUGGGGACGCCGCCUUCCCCUCGCCUGCGGAGCGCCAGGAGGCCGACGUCAAGUGGCCACUCGUGCAGUGUGUCACCAGUCAGCUCCAGAAGGACUCGGCUUUAUCCCCAGCCUCUGAGGGGCAGGAAAGCUCAUCCCCAAAGGUCAAGUGGCCUGCGCUCCAAGGCACAGCCAAGAAGCUCUCGUGCAAGGUUUCCACAGCCAAGAAGCUCUCGUGCAAGAUUUCCACAGCCAAAAAGUUUUCAUGCAAAAUUUGCACAGCCAUGUUCACAGGGAGAGCAGAAAUGGAGAGUCACAAGAGAGCCCACGUUGGGCCCAGCACCUUCAAGUGUCCCGACUGUCCAUUCACUGCAGCCCUGUGGCCAGAGGUUCGGAGCCACAUGGUCCAGCACGCCAGCCUUCGGCCACACAAGUGCAGCCACUGCAGCUUCGCCUCCAAGAACAAGAAGGACCUGCGCAGGCACAUGCUGACACACACCAACGAGAAGCCCUUUGCCUGCCCGGUCUGUGGGCAGAGGUUCAACCGUAACGGGCACCUCAAGUUCCACAUGCAGCGUUUGCACAGCUCGGAGGGGAAAAGGCCAGGGGCACCUGCAGCUGCUGCCCCACAGACCAUCAUACUGAAAAGCGAAGAGGACACACUGGCCACCCUGCAGACUGCUCUGCAGUCCGGCCAGGCGGUGCUGGCUCCGGAGCGGCUGCAGCAGGCUCUGGGGCAGGAGCACAUCAUCGUCACGCAGGGGCAGAGUGUCGCUAGCCAGGAGGAGGCUGCGUACAUCCAGGAGAUCACAACUGCUGAUGGACAGACAGUGCAGCACUUGGUGACCUCUGACAACCAGGUUCAGUACAUCAUUGCCCAGGACAGUGUACAGCAUUUGCUUCCCCACGAGUAUGUUGUUGUCCCAGGGGGACAUCACAUCCAGGUACAGGAUGGUCAGAUCACCCACAUCCAAUACGAGCAGGGCAGCCAGUUCCUGCAGGAGCCGCAGGACCUUCCUGUCCUCUCGUCCCCGCAGAUCCAGUACAUGCCAGUCUCGCCUGAGCAGCAGCUGGUCACACAGGCACAGCUGGAAGCAGCGGCACACUCAGCAGUCUCAGCAGUGGCUGACGCGGCCAUGGCCCAGGCGCAGGGGGUGUUCACGGCUGAGGCGGCAGCCGAGCAGAUGCAGCAGCUGCAGGAGGGGAUCCACUACGACGUCAUCACGCUGACGGACUAGCACCGGGCCGGGACCCUGCGCCAGGGACCCCCAUGCCGGCAGGAGCCUCCUCAGCAGUUGCCUUAUUGCUUCGGGGCCACGACGGCCGUGCCUGAGCUCUGCUGUGCACUGCGAGGGUCCUGCGCGUCGCCCCGGCGCGGGCGGCUCCUCCAGCAGCGCCCGCUCCGCAGCCGAGCGGCGCAGGGCCAGCGCUCAUCUGCACCGGCUCUUCGCCUGGUGCGCUGGAUGCUCUGAAAUCCCUUUUCCUGAAUCAUGUCUGCAUGGGCCAGAUUCAGCUCAGCCUCUGCCCGGCCCACGAGGGUUUGGGGGGAAAGCUGUGGGGCCAAGCACAGUCUGUGGUACCCUGCAGGAGUGUGCAGCCUCAGCCAUGUGCUCCCUGUGUGUGGGGCAGUCAGCCCUCCCUUGGCUUCUCCAGCCUGCAGGCAGGCAGCAGUGGGGCUUUGGACUGGAAGAACCCAGAGUAGGAUGAGGCAGUGGGGGAAGAUGCUCUAUUUUUCUUCUGAAGAGAGAUGGACUCUGGAGUUGGGUUGUAGGUGGUUGUGGGGGGUUCAAUUCUGACGUUCUCAAGCUUUGACUAUGCUUAUGAAUAAAAAGGGAUUGAAACCUGU